AUGAAUUUCAAGAGAAAUUGUCACAAGCAAUACGAGAAGAAAUAUUGUUCAAAAUCAGAUAUCGAGUUGUUUGAAGAUAAUCCCGAGGAGUAUGUGUGGCGUGAUAUCGAAGGUUCAGACGUUGCGACCAGACGCCGCGCCGCCUGCGACCUGCUGCGGGCCCUCGCAACACAUUACGACGAUAAAAUGAUGGCCAUCUUCGGACAGUACGUAGAGGCACAAGAGUGA